AUGUCAAAAGUCCAAACACAAAUUUCUGAUUAUGAUUUUUUAUUUAAAAUAUUAGUAAUUGGUGAUAGAGGAGUUGGUAAAAGUAGUUUAAUAGUUAGAUUUGCAGAUGAUAAUUUUACAGAUUCAUUUAUUUCAACAAUUGGUGUUGAUUUUAAAAUUAAAACAAUCUAUUUAGAAGGUAAAGCAAUUAAAACUCAAAUUUGGGAUACGAUGGGGCAAGAUAGAUUUAGAAUGGGAAAUAAUAAUUCAAUCUUUUAUCGUGGUGCACAUGGUAUAAUAGUUGUAUAUGAUGUUACAGAUCAAGGUACUUUUAAAAAUGUUGCUCAAUGGUUGGGUGAAGUUGAUAGAUAUGCACGCGAAGAUGUGAGUAAAUUAAUUGUAGCUAAUAAAAUUGAUUUGGUUGAAAAAAGAGUGGUUGAUUCUGAUGUUGCAAAAUCAUUUUGUGAUGUUUAUGAAAUACCAACUAUUGAAACAAGUGCAAAAUAUGCAACCAAUGUUGAUGAUUGUUUCAUUUUAAUGGCUAAAACUAUUAAAAAUAGACUUGAACAAAUUGAAGCAGAACCACAAAUUCCUCAAAAACCAACUCCAACUAUUAGAAAUGCAAAUAAUAAUAAUAGUUUUAAAAAAAAGGAAACCUGUACAAUUAAUUAA